AAAAUGAGUACCUCAUGAAAUUGCCAAAAAAAAAAGAUUGUGCAUACUUUCCCAUCACAAUCCCAUUCCCCAAUCCCAAAACACACCGCUGUAAUUAAAAAGAGGGCGUUGAUUUUAGACCAACUUUACUUCCAAAAACUCCCCUCCCCUAAAUUUAGCGGGACCCAUCAAUCAUCUCUCUCUUCUCUCUGCAAGCAUCUCCACGGCGACAUUUUCAGAAACCAAAAAAAAAAAAAACCAAAACAAAAACACAAAAAAAAAAAAACAAAAAACAAGGGAGAAGAAAGAGGAGAGAGAAAGUGAGGAAAAAAAAAAUCAGCCACCAUUUUUACUUUGGUAUACUUUUCUCUCUCUUCGAACUUCCUUCUUCGCUCUCUACGUACGAUCUCUUCUUAUUUUCUCUCUCCUCCGAUCGACGAAUGCUGAUUUUUUGCUAAAUCUUGGUGUGGGUUAUGGGCUUAUUUGGUUGUGGGUAUCCUUGAUUUGCUACUUGAGGAUUCAUGGGGUUCUUGACGAAUUGAUUCUUAAGCUAGUUAAGCUGCCAGGGGUUGAAGUAUAAGUUUUUUUUCUGGACAUGAGUUAGUUAUUUGGACUUGAGCUAAUGGCUGGAAAUGCAAAGUUUGAAUUGAGUUCUGUCAGUCCGGAUGACUCAGGCUAUUCAGGGAGCUAUUCAAAUGGACAGCGGAGUAACUAUGCAGGUCCUAAUUUGGAUAGGUCUGGAAGCUUUCGUGAGGGAAGUGAUGGUAGGAAUCUUGGUUCUGGACCUAGUACAUCAAAGAUGAAUGCUUCACCGAUGACCGAUUUGCCACCAUUGACCCAAUGUUUAGUAUUGGAGCCCAUUAUGAUGGGAGAACUUAAAUCUGUACGGCAAGCUGAUUUGAAGAAGGCAUUUGCUUUGUACUUUAGCAAUGUCUCUGAAGAUAAUUCUUUUGGAGCAGCUCAUUCAAAGCCUCCACCUUUGGCCACAGAAGAAAUAAAACGCUUUAGAGCAGGUGUUCUUGAAGGAUCUCUGAAGGCCAGGAAUAGGAUGAAAAGAUUGGAUGACUCGUUUAAUAAAUUGAGCAAGUAUUUUGAGUUGAGUUCAAAGAAGCAAGCAACAGGUGAACGAUUUGGUGGUGUAAACUUGCUGAAGAUGGGAACUCAGUCUCAUAGAAGCUCACCAGAUCUUGCAACCCAAAAGUUAGAGGAUAGAAAUAAAAAUGCUGUUCUCAACAAGCGUGCCCGGACACCAAUGGGAGACCUGCGGGGAGAAGGACGGAGCAAUGGAGUACCACGCCAACAUCUAGUGUUGGGAAAGGAUAAAGAUGGAGCUAAAGAGGGUAGCUCUGACCUCGGUGAUGAAAAAAUUCGCAGGUUACCUGCCGGUGGAGAGGGAUGGGACAAAAAAAUGAAAAGGAAACGUUCUGUGCCUAUGAGUAAUGUUAUUUCUAGACCAGUUGAUGGUGAUGGAGAGCUUAAGAGGAACAUGCAUGGUAGGAUAAGCAAUGACUCUGGAAUUCACUCUUCAGAUGCUCAUAGCUUCAGAUCCGGCUCUACUAACGGUGCUACGAGCAGCAACAAAGUGGAGGCAGGUCCAUCACCCCAAAACUUGAGUGCUCGUUUGAUACCUAAGAAUGAAUUAGACAAGACUUCUGUAUCUAGGGAACUUACUGGAAUGAAUAAGGAAAGAUCACUACAGAAAGGAAAUUCUAAGUUAAAUAUGCGUGAAGAUCCUCAUGUCUUCAGCCCUAGUUCCAUUACAAAGGGCAAGUCGUCAAGGACUCACAGAACGGGCCCUGCGUCUAUAGGAAAUUCAUCUCCUAGCUUCUCACGAAUAUCUGGAACAGCAGAAGAUUGGGAGCAACCCCUAAAUGUGAACAAACUUCAUUCGUUGGCUGGAGUUAGUAAUCGUAAACGUCCCCUACCCACUGAUUCAUCAUCUUCUCCAAUGCAAUGGGGUGGUCAGAGACCACAAAAAAUUUCUCGUAAUCGGAGAACAAAUAUUGUGUCUCCUACAUCACAUCACGAUGAGGUACAAGUUUCUUCUGAAGGAUGCACUUCCUCAGAUUUCAGCACUAGGGGAUCUGGCACAGUGAACGGAUCAUUUCCUGUCAGAAACAUAAUGAGUAGCUCACAGCAGCUAAAGGCAAAGCUUGAUAAUGCAGCCUCUCCAGCAAGAUUAUCAGAAAGUGAGGAAAAUAGUGCUGCUGAUAAUAGACUCAAGGAUAAGGAGCUUGGUGGUUCUGAGUUGGAUGAUAAAAGUUUAAACAGUCAUCAGCAUGUCAGUCCCGGCGGGUUCACAAAGAAGAGCAAAUUGCUUGUGAAGGAUGAAAUUGGUGAUGGUGUACGUAGACAAGGCCGGAGUGGAAGGGGCUCGUCAUUGCCGAAGGGUAGCAUAUCUCCAUUAAGGGAGAAGCUUGAGCAUCCAGCUAUGGUAAAACCUGUUAGGAACACAAGACCUGGUUCUGAGAAAAAUGGAAGUAAGUCAGGCCGUCCUCCUCUUAAAAAGCAUUCAGAUCGCAAGGGUUUUACUCGUCUUGGACCACUGCCACAUAGUAGUUCUCCAGAUUUCACAGGUGAAUCAGAUGAUGACCGUGAAGAACUCUUAGCAGCUGCACAGUUUGCUUGCAAUGCCAGUUAUAAUGGUUGUUCUUCCUCGUUUUGGAAAAGAUCUGAACCACUUUUUAAUGUUAGACCAGAGGAUAAAUCCUUUUUGGAAGAACAGCUCAAAGGUGUAGAUGAUCAUUCAAACCAAACUGAGAUGCCAAGCCUGGGUGAGAACAUUUUGAAUCAUGUUUCCCAGAAUGAACACCCUCGGACACAAAGUUCUGGAGAAAGCAAAAUAUGCAUCGUAGACAAUGGGUUAACAGAGUCUGCCACUACUGGAGAAUUCAUCAACCACUUUCAGGAUAAUGAUUCUUCAUAUAGAGAAUUAGACACUGAAAAAGGGCCCAAUAGCCUAACCCCAUUAUACCAAAGAGUCCUCUCUGCUCUCAUUGUUGAAGAUGAAUUUGAAGAAUUUGAAGAAAACCGUUUUCUAAGCAAUGCUGCUUCUGUGGCGAAUAGGGAUGAUACACCAUGUAUGGAAGCUAGAAUAUCUUGUAAUGGCAAUGCUAGUCAUAGUAGAUUCUCAAACAUCCAAGUUCCAAUGCAUGAGGAAAUCGAGGAAUGUGAUUAUGGUUUGAAAUACCCAGUUGGUCAGGCAGGCCCUGGGUAUUACCAAAAUGACACAAAUGGAUCAAUAGCUAUUCACAUGAAUUCUUCUGGUAAUGCUUCAUUUGGAUUUGAAUAUGAUCAGAUGUGCAUGGAUGAAAAGCUAGUGCUUGAGCUGCAAAGUAUUGGCCUAUAUCCAGAGACUGUGCCUGAUCUAGCUGAGGGAGAGGAUGAAUUGAUUAAUCAAGACAUUGUCCAACUCAAAAAGCAACUUUUCCAGCAGGGUUCUAAAACGAAGACAUACUUGGAAAAAAUGCAUAAAGCCGUAGAAGAGAAGGAGUUUGAAGGACGGGAACUUGAGCAACUUGCGAUGAACAGGUUAAUUGAGUUGGCUUACAGAAAGCUUCUGGCAACUCGUGGAAGCAGUGCUGCUAGAAUCGGGAUCAGUAAAGUUCCAAGACAUGUGGCUUUGGCCUUCAUUAGAAGAACCUUGGCUAGGUGCCGGAAAUUCGAAGAUGCGGGGAAGAGUUGUUUCAGCGAACCUGCUCUACGAGAUGUACUUCUUGCUGUACCUAACAGUAACAUAGGAGCUGCAAGUGGCAUCCAAGUAGAACAGAACAUACGACUGGACUCCAGAGUUCCAGGAGCAUACCUUGCCGUUCCUGAACAGCUUGAUCUUCAAAAUGAUAAAUCUGAUAGGGGUCGGUUUGAUGCAUAUGCAGCUCUUGCUCAUCAAUCUGACCAUGCUUUUGCAAAGAAUGGACCUAUUGUGAACAGAGGCAAGAAAAAGGAAGUGUUGCUCGAUGAUGUUGGUGGAAAUGCAGCUCUAAGAUCAGCAGCAACUCUUGGAUCAUCUCUUUUGGGUGGAGCAAAGGGUAAGAGAAGUGAUAGAGAUUCCGGUGCCAAAGCAGGCCGCCCAUUGAUCUCUAAUUUGAAGGGUGAGCGGAAAACAAAAUCAAAACCUAAGCAAAAGGCUGCGCAGCUGUCUACACAUCCCGUCCAACCUUCAGCGAAUGUUUCCAGUGAGUUGGUCGCUAAUAAUAGUAAUAGGAAACGAGAAGGACUAAUUUCUCCCGGAAACAUUCUUGAUUCAUCUAAAGAGUGCAAGGAUAUGGACCUUGGUAGCUUGCCAUUAAGUGAAUUAGACUCAAUCGAAGACCUAAGCGUGGCAAAUGAAUUUGAAGGACACCAAGAUCUGAGUUCUUGGUUAAAUUUUGACGAGGAGGGUCUGCAAGAUCACGACUCUAUGGGUCUUGAAAUACCAAUGGAUGACCUGUCCGAGUUAAAUAUGCUUAUAUGAGGAUAAGACACUGUACAUUUCUAGCUUAAGUUGAUGAUAAUAGUUUAAUUGCUGGGAGAAAGCCAGCUGUAUAAUUUAUGCCAGGAAAAUCAGCACUUGUAAAUUAUGCCCAUUCUUUUUGUAUACUUAGGUUUAGAUAUCACGAAAAUUUGUUUAUGUGAUUUAAAUAGUCCCACCCUGUAACAAAAUCACAGUUUUCACUAAUAGCAAUCAUUUCUUAAUCUUUUUCCCUC